CAUUUACAUACAUAACUUAUGCAUUAAAUUUAUUCACAAUCCAAUUGGAAUUGUGGAUUAGUGUAUGUUAUAAUCUCGAAGUUGUUUUUGAUUAAUGAUAUCAUUUAUACCGGUUGACAUAAACUUCUGUGGUUACAAUGGUGCUUUUGUUAUUGUAAAUAAAGAUUAAUUUAUUUUUAAUUUUAAUUAUUGAUAGAUAUGGACUGAUAAAUUAUUAAUAGUAUAUACUCGAUUCUAUGAACAAACAAUGAAAAUGGAAAUAGAUUCCUCUUCUGUUGAAAAAUUUAUGGAUUUUUCUUCAAAAAAUCCAGUUUGGAAGAUUGAAUUACCCUAUAGUCCGAUAGAUGUUGAUGAAGAUCCAGAAAAUGUAGAUUUUCUAUGUGAAAUGGUUCGAAAUCAAUAUUUAAAACAUUUGAGACAAACAUUAUAUGAUAACCUAGAUGUAGAGCCUAAAAAAUUUCAAAAAGAUUGCUUAUUUCAAGUAGAUCACUGUGUUAACACAUGUAUGACUGAGAUGGAAAAACAAGCUCUUAGGCGAUGUUUGAUUGCAAGUAUUUAUCGAAAAAAUAUGACAAAAAUGAUUAAUGAAGUUAAAACAUGCACCAAAAAUUCAGUGAUGUAUAUCUUAUUAGAACAAUUAUUAAAAACUCAUAAAUCAUCACAAGUAUCAAAAUGCAAAGAAAACCAAAAAGUAACUCUAGUAAGUGUUGGUGUUAACACUGAAAAUGAAACUUAUGAAAUUGAAAAACAAACUGGUUUAGAGGAUAACAUAAUAUAUUCACUUCAAUCAGGCAACAAAGAUAUCAAUUUUUCAACUCAUCAUUUAAAAAAUGAAAUGAUUGAUAAUUAUGAUUCUUCAUGUUUAUUAGAUUCAACAACAAACUAUACGAGUCAAAGAGAUUUUAAAAAUAAUAAUCCAGAAUUUAUUUUACCUAAAAUUGAAUUAAAUUUUGUCAACAAUACAAAAUAUCCAAUCAAAGAUAAUACUGGUAUUAGUUCUCUAUUAAAUGAUUUACAAGACUCACCAGAGUUAGAUCAAUAUAUAACUUUAGAAGAACGAUUAAUAGCCAUGGGCUUAGAAGUAGAUAAUAUAGAAUCUACCCAACAAAUGCCUAAACUAACUUCUACCGUUAAUACAGCUUCUAAGUAUAUUGUGAGACCAAACAAAAUAAGAAAUAUUCUAAAAAAUAAGUUAAAAAGAGAAAGAGUUGCUAGAUCUUAUGAGCUUCAAAGAAGUAUUAAUAAAUUACCUAUUGAUUUGCAAAAAAGACUGACACAAAAGUUUGAUGAGUUAUUUGGAACUGGACAUACUUAUGAUUCGGAUCCAUUAACAGAAGAGGAAGAAAGAACUAUUGCUCACAAGAGAAUUGUAAAAUUAGUUGUAGAUAAUAUGACACCAUAUUAUAAAGCUAGACGUAUAAAUCGACAUUUAUUCAAAACUUUAGCUAAAUUUAUUUCUAAAAGUCUUAUGGAGCAAACAUAUGGACCAGACUUCCUUUCAUCCAAUUUUCAUGUUUGCCUAAUAUUUUUAGCUUCGCUAUUACCAAGAGAAUUGGCAUUAUUUGAGGGACUUAGCACCUAUAAAAUGAAAAAAAUAAAGGACAGCCUCCACUCAAAAACGAAGAAUUUGUAGCUAAAGGAGUCGGAGAAUUUUUUGUCGGUGAUAAACGUAUAGAGACUUUAGAAGAUAUCUACGAUUAAUUAAAUUCCUAUUUUGGCAUAACUGUAUAUAUAUAUUGUUUUAGAUUUAUGAAAUCUACCUUGUUAAACAAUUUACUCUUAUUUUUAAUUUUUUUAAACUUUUGUUAGCUAAAAUUAAUAAUAACUAGAACAAAAAAAAUUGUACGUUAUUAGUUUAUAAGUUUACAUGAGAAGUUAAAAUAUUCAUUAUUUUAUGUUAUAUUUUUUUUCAACAAUCACAGUUACUAUAUUUAUCCAAUUUAAUGGACCUAACUUAAUUUAACUAUUAAUAUAUUCAAUUGUUUGAUUGCGUAUUUUUAUUAACAUUAUUGUAUUUUUUUUUUAUACGUUUUAACUAAAUAAAUGUAAACCUUGUAUUUUCUUUAGUUAA